GAACAAACUCACCUGUGGGGCUCGCUGCAGAAUGAAGCCACGUCUCUCUUUCUGCCUCUGAGAGAACACUGCUCACAAUGGGAGAGGUUCAAAAGGGUUUGUUUUCAGUCAUUCAGAAGCUGAAGGGGACUACAGAACGGGAAUUAAGGAUAGUGCUUCUGGGCCUGGACAAUGCUGGCAAAACAACCCUCCUGAAGAGGCUUGCCUCGGAAGAUGUCAACACAAUCACGCCAACACAGGGCUUCAACAUAAAAAGUGUGACCUCCUAUGGUAUGAAAUUGAAUGUGUGGGAUAUUGGGGGACAGAGAAAGAUCCGGAUGUUCUGGAAGAAAUACUUGGAGAACACUGAUUUGUUGAUCUACGUCAUAGACAGUGCUGACAAAAAGCGUUUUGAAGAGACAGGGCUGGAGCUCUCGGAGCUGAUUGACGAGGAGAACAUGAAGGGCGUGCCCGUGCUCAUCUUUGCCAAUAAGCAGGACCUCGCCACGGCGUCACCGGCCAGUGAGAUUGCCGAGGGACUGAACCUGCACACGUACCGGGACCGCAAAUGGCAGAUCCAGGCCUGCUCGGCACUGUCAGGGGAGGGCGUGCAGGAUGGCAUGAAUUGGAUUUCCUGCAACAUUGUAAAUGCAAAAAAAGCAACCUAAAGCUCCAUUCUGCAAAAGCCCCUCUUCAAUUUUUUUUUUUACAAAUUCUGUUUACCUUUUAUUACUUUGUUGUAAAUAUACUAUUGAAAAGUCAUUAUUAUUAUUUUUAUUCAAAAGCCAAGCCCUCAGUUACAUAUUUUAUGAUCCCUGCAAACGAAUUGAGUGACCAUAAUUUCUAAGAUCAAGAUAAAAUCUCAUUUUUUCCUUCACCUUGACUUAAAAUGAAAAGUCCUAAAUUAAAACUUUGGCAAAGUAAUUUCAGCGAUUUCUGGACUUGCCAAACUGUGUUUAGGGAAAUUAAUAAAAAAUAAUUGGAAUUUAGUUGUUAGCCAGUUAAGGACGAAAUGUUGAUCGAAUUGGACACCUCUGACUUUCAGUGUCUGUGAGACUGAAGUAAAUUAGUAUAGUCUGUAUGAUAUGAUGUAACUGUAUAAUGUGUUGUCUGUUUCUAUGUACGAACAAUUAAAAGCUCUAUAGUUCUUUCUGUU